GUAUCUAAAUUUCUCAUCUUCAAUUAAUAUUUCUGGUUUUUCUCUGAUUUUAGGAGACUGAGAGGUAGAGAGAGAGAGAGGUGAAAGAAGUUAAUUAAUUAGUAAAUUAAGGAAUGGCAGGAAAUUAUGGUAAUGAUCGUGAACGUGAAGAGGAGGAAGUGAUCAGGAACCAGCAAGUGCUGGCCAGAGAUUACAUUAGUGCGAUCCCCAAGGAGUCGGACAUGUACUUGAACACAAGCAACAUUAAACUCAAGGUGCCUGCAGCAGAUGAAUAUGCUGGCGCCAUUUUGGUGAAGAAUCUCUAUUUGUCCUGUGAUCCCUACAUGCGAGGCGUUAAGCACAGGGAUGCCUCUACUGGUGCCCAGGAUCGCAUUGUUUUCUUUGCCACCGACCAACCAAUCGUUGGAUAUGGAGUUUGUAAAGUUGUAGAUUCUAAGCAUCCUGACUUCAAGGCAGGUGAUUUAGUUUGGGGCAUCACAAAAUGGGAGGAGUACACUCUCAUCACUACCACUGAAAGUUUCUUCAAAAUCCACCACACCGAUGUGCCCCUUUCCUACUACACUGGAAUUCUCGGUAUGCCUGGCAUGACUGCUUAUGCUGGUUUCUACGAAGUUUGUAAACCUAAGAAAGGAGAAAAAGUGUACAUCUCAUCCGCGUUUGGAGCUGUUGGUCAGAUCGUCGGCCAAUUUGCCAAACUCAUGGGUUGUAAUGUUGUUGGAAGUGCUGGAAGUCAAGAAAAGGUUGAUAUGUUGAAAAAGAAGUUUGGAUUUGAUGAGGCUUUCAAUUAUAAGGAAGAGCCUGACUUGAAUGCGGCUUUGAAAAGGUAUUUCCCAGAAGGCAUUGACAUUUACUGGGAGAACGUUGGGGGCAAAAUGCUCGAUGCAGUGCUCAUGAACAUGAGACUUCAUGGCCGCAUUGCCGUGUGCGGGAUGAUUUCACAGUACAAUUUCGAGGAGCACGUAGGAGUCCACAAUUUAAUGCAUCUGAUUUACAAGCGCGUUCGUAUGGAAGGUUUUUCUGUGUUUGAUUACUACCACUUGUAUCCCAAGUUCUUGGAUCUUGUGGUGCCCUACAUCCGAGAAAACAAGAUCACUUGUGUGGAAGACAUGACUCAAGGCCUUGAGAAUGGUCCUGCAUCGCUCGUUGGCCUUUUCUCUGGCCGUAAUGCCGGAAAAGGAGUUGUUCUUGUUGCUCGCGACUAAUCUCUAUUUAGUUCCUAAUUCUAAUUUUUCCACGAGUUGUGUCAUUGUUCGUAAAUUUGGUUCAAUUUCAAUCAGCUGUUUGUUGUAUUUACUCGAUUUUGAUUAAUGAGUGUUGAUGUUUCCUGCUUAAUGGGAAAUAAAAAGUGUCAUUGUGUUUGUUGGUAA